GAGGCGGGGAUAAUUACUGACACUCUCUCUUCUUUCAAGGACCACAUCGAGCAUGUUUGGAACUACCGGUGGGUUUGGAGCGACUGGGACCGGCAUGUUUGGCGGCAGCACCACAGACAACCACAACCCCAUGAAGGACAUCGAAGUCACCUCGCCGCCGGACGACAGCAUUAGCUGCCUGGCGUUCAGCCCCCCGACGCUGCCCGGAAACUUCCUGAUUGCCGGCUCGUGGGCCAAUGAUGUCCGUUGCUGGGAGGUUCAGGAUAACGGGCAGACAAUCCCCAAAGCCCAGCAGAUGCACACGGGCCCCGUGCUGGACGUUUGCUGGAGUGAUGAUGGAAGCAAAGUGUUUACGGUUUCAUGCGAUAAAACGGCCAAAAUGUGGGACCUGAACAGUAACCAGUCGGUGCAAGUCGCGCAGCACGACGCGCCCAUAAAGACCGUCCACUGGAUCAAGGCACCCAAUUACACCUGCGUCAUGACCGGCAGCUGGGAUAAAACGCUGAAGUUCUGGGACACUCGUUCUCCUACCCCGCUGAUGACCCUGCAGCUCCCUGAGCGAUGUUACUGCGCAGACGUGGUGUACCCAAUGGCUGUUGUAGCCACUGCAGAGAGAGGGUUAAUCGUUUACCAGUUGGAGAACCAGCCGUCGGAGUUCAGGAGGAUAGAUUCACCCCUUAAACAUCAGCACCGGUGCGUCGCCAUAUUCAAAGACAAACAGAACAAGCCGACCGGGUUUGCCUUGGGCAGCAUUGAAGGAAGGGUUGCCAUCCACUACAUCAACCCCCCGAACCCAGCCAAAGACAACUUCACGUUUAAAUGCCAUCGGUCCAACGGGACGAACACCACGGCGCCCCAGGACAUUUACGCCGUGAACGGCAUCUCUUUCCAUCCGGUGCACGGCACUCUGGCCACCGUCGGCUCUGAUGGUCGUUUUAGCUUCUGGGACAAAGACGCGAGGACCAAACUGAAGACGUCGGAGCAGCUGGACCAGCCGAUCUCCGCCUGCUCCUUCAAUCACAACGGGAACAUUUUCGCUUAUUCUUCCAGCUAUGACUGGUCCAAGGGCCACGAGUUCUACAAUCCACAAAAGAAGAACUACAUCUUCCUGCGCAAUGCGGCGGAAGAGCUGAAGCCGAGGAACAAGAAGUAGUGAUUGGACGUACGACCCGGGGCGAGCGGCGCCAGCCGAGCAUCAACCUUACAAAACCCGGAUGCCCGUAAAAACCGCAUCCGAUGCGCCUGUACAGACACCGGCAGCCGCGGGAGGCACAGCUCGCUCUGCAUUCGCACAUCACAGACUUUUGGGGGUUUUCUGUUUAUUUGUUGGUUUUCCGCGGCAGAUUCUGUUACUGUUGUGGAUGUUGGGAAUCGGCAUGCGGUUGGAACAUCCCGCCUUAACACUUAAACGUGUCUAAAAUGAAAACAAA